AAAUGUUUCCUGACAUCUUUGUAGCUUCAUGAGUAAUCAGACAUGCAAAUAGCCCCUCAGGAAUCAAGCUACACUUAAAGAAGACUUAGUUGGAAACUUUGGAGAGUAGAUCAUGGAGUGCAAGAUUGAGGGAAAAGAAAAAUACCAACAUAGCUUGAAUUUACUGAAUAAAAUUAAGAACAUGAAAGAAUUAGCAGAAAUGAUUGAUGUGGUACUCACAGCAGAAGGAGAGAAAUUUCCUUGCCACAGACUGGUCCUGGCUGCAUUUAGCCCUUAUUUCAAAGCUAUGUUCACCUGUGGACUACUUGAAUGUAAUCAAAAGGAAGUCAUACUUUAUGACAUCACAGCAGAAAGUGUGUCGGUGUUAUUAAAUUACAUGUACAAUGCAGCUUUGGAGAUCAAUAAUGCCAAUGUACAGACUGUAGCUAUGGCUGCCUAUUUUAUGCAGAUGGAAGAAGUCUUCAGUGUGUGUCAAAAAUAUAUGAUGGACCACAUGGAUGCCUCCAACUGUUUAGGUAUCUAUUAUUUUGCAAAGCAGAUUGGAGCUGAAGAUUUAUCUGAUCGAUCGAAGAAAUAUUUAUAUCAGCACUUUGCCGAGGUGAGCUUACAUGAAGAAAUACUAGAAGUCGAAGUGCACCAAUUUUUGACACUUAUUAAAUCAGAUGAUCUUAACAUAUCCAGAGAAGAGAGCAUUCUGGACUUAGUUCUGAGAUGGGUAAAUCAUAACAAAGAAUUGCGUACAGAGCAUCUUGUUGAGCUUUUGAAGCAAGUCAGAUUGGAACUUGUAAAUCCUUCUUUUUUAAGACAAGCCCUAAGAAGGAACACAAUGCUUCUGUGUGAUGCAGAUUGUGUUGACAUAAUUCAAAAUGCAUUCAAAGCCAUCAAGACACCCCAACAGCACUCUCUAAAUCUGCGCUAUGGUAUGGAGACUACCAGUCUUCUGCUUUGCAUUGGCAACAAUUCUUCAGGAAUCAGAUCAAGACAUAGGAGCUAUGGGGAUGCCAGUUUUUGUUAUGAUCCUGUAUCACGGAAAACCUAUUUCAUCUCAUCUCCCAAGUACGGAGAGGGUUUAGGAACUGUGUGUACUGGUGUUGUCAUGGAAAAUAAUACUAUAAUUGUGGCUGGAGAAGCAAGUGCCUCUAAACUCUCUAGACAAAAGAACAAGAAUGUUGAAAUUUAUAGGUAUCAUGAUAGAGGAAACCAGUUUUGGGAAAAGUUAUGCACAGCUGAAUUUCGAGAACUCUAUGCUCUGGGCAGUAUUCAUAAUGACCUUUAUGUUAUAGGAGGACAGAUGAAAAUUAAAAACCAGUAUCUUAUUACAAACUGUGUUGAUAAGUACUCUGUAGAACGGGACAAUUGGAAAAGGGUGUCUCCCCUUCCACUGCAAUUGGCAUGUCAUGCUGUAGUGACAGUGAAUAAUAAACUUUAUGUAAUUGGAGGCUGGACCCCUCAGAUGGAUCUUCCUGAUGAAGAACCUGAUCGAUUAAGCAACAAACUGUUGCAGUAUGACCCCAGCCAAGAUCAAUGGAGUGUGCGGGCACCCAUGAAGUACUCUAAGUACCGAUUCAGUACAGCUGUAGUCAACAGUGAGAUUUAUGUUUUGGGUGGCAUUGGCUGUGUAGGUCAAGACAAGGGCCAGGUUCGAAAAUGCCUUGACGUGGUGGAGAUCUACAACCCAGAUGGGGACUUUUGGCGAGAGGGCCCUCCCAUGCCAAGUCCCCUCCUCUCACUCCGCACCAAUUCCACCAAUGCAGGGGCAGUGGAUGGGAAACUCUAUGUCUGCGGGGGAUUCCAUGGAGCAGAUCGCCAUGAGGUUAUCUCCAAAGAAAUAUUGGAACUGGACCCAUGGGAAAACCAGUGGAAUGUUGUAGCCAUCAACGUCCUCAUGCAUGACAGCUAUGAUGUCUGCCUAGUAGCCAGGAUGAAUCCCCGAGACCUCAUCCCCCCGCCUUCAGAUUUGGUGGAAGAAGGCAAUGAGCACUAAGGUGACCUUGCUGGAGGACCUCCUGCUGUUCUGCAAACAAGGCCUUCAGAACGGAGAGGACCCACAGCAUCUCUGUCAUGCCAGUCAUGUG